AUGGCAAUUCCUAUGUUGAAAAAUAAGGAUUACGUAUUUGAAAGAUUUGACAUGAUGGUUAAAAAUAGAAGAAAGACAAUUAAUGAAUUACCAUCGGAUACUGAAAUGAAAAGUGAUAUGCUAACUUCGUUAAUAACCGCAAAUACCCCAAGGAAUACUAUUAAAGUAAAAACCGUAGAUGAUGAAAUGCUUAAACCCAUGGACGAUAAACAAAUCAGAAUAAAUUUGAUAGAAGCCAUUUUAGGUGGAACAGAAACUAUUUCAAAUGUAUUCUGUUUUAUGACUUAUUAUGUUUGUAAACAUCCACACGCAAAACAAAAGAUGCUUUUAGAAAUUGACUCUGUCUUUUCUAAGUCAUCCAAAAAAUUCUCAGUAUCACAAGAAGAUAUUUCAAAACUAAAAUAUUGCAAAGCA